AGUAGAUAGUGCAAUACAUCAAUGCCUAGGUAUUAAACUCAAAUGAUUUCCAUAUGACAAUAUUAGACAUCACGAAAUCUCCCCGCAGUAAAACUCAUCAACAUUCAUGAAGUCUUUUCAAUAAGAAACGACGAGUGAAUGACUUGAGUGUAAUUCAUAACCUUAUAAAUCCAUCAGGGUAUAUAAGGUAGGUAAGAGUCGUGAGUAUAUAAAGUCUUUUUCUUUCCCCCGAGUAUUUCAAUAUUCUUAAAUCUAAAGAUCCUCAAGACAUUUCUUUCUCUCAUCCAUCAACACACACACACAUACACGCACAUACACACAUAUAUAUAGGUACCUUUACGGAAGAUAAUAUCAACCACAAAACAACAUGGUUAAAUCACCCCUUAACGUCGGAGUUAUCGGCUAUGGAUUGUCCGCCACCAUAUUCCACAUUCCAUUCAUCGCGACGACGUCCACCUUGAAACUUCAUUCCAUUCUACAGCGCAACCCCAACUCUUCUUCUUCUUCAGCUCCUCGUGACCACCCUGAUGUCAACCAUUUCACUGCUCUGGAUCAAUUCCUUGCCGACCCAGAUCUCGAUGUUGUCGUUGUUACCACUCCUCCUGACACGCACGUCUCCUUCUCUCAACAGGCACUGCAAGCAGGGAAGCAUAUCUUUGUAGAGAAGCCGUUUGUUCCGACCGUGGCUGAUGCCAACGCUCUCAUCGACCUUGCCAAGGAGAAGGGCCGCUUGAUCUGUGUGUACCAGAACCGCCGUUGGGAUGCUGAUUUCCUCACGGUCCGAAAGCUGCUGGCGGAUGGUAGCCCACUAGGUCGGAUCGUCGAGUUUGAGACACACUUUGACCGCUACAAGCUAGACAAGCCGGCCACAUGGAAAGGUUCGCUUGGAAUAGAGCAGGGCGGUUCGGCGCUUUACGAUCUAGGCACUCAUCUAAUUGACCAGGUGUACGUGCUAUUCGGAAUGCCCCGAAGCGUCUUUGCUACGUUCGCCAGUCAGCGAGAUAGCAUCUUGAUGGGUCCACAGAACUUAGAUUUAGAGCCCGAUAGCGUGACAACCCAACUGUUCUACGACAAUGGCCUGGUUGUCUUCGUGCGCAUGGCCGGUGUAAGCGCCGAGGCACGACAACCGAGGUUUUGGAUUAGGGGAACCAAGGGUAGCUACCGUAAAGAGGGUCUUGACCCCCAGGAGCCUCAACUCAAAUCCGGAAUGAAGACAGAUGAUGCGAAAUUCGGCUGGGAAGACCCAGAGUGGAAUGGAAAACUCACCAUUGUGAACAACGACGGCAGCAUUACUAUGCAGGACCACCCGAACGUUGAGCCAGAAACCUACAGAAAAUUCUACGACCUUUUUGGCGAGGCCGUUGUUCAGAAUAGCGAGCAACUUGUGCCCGUACCAGCUUCGCAAGCGAGGGAUGUCCUGAAAGUCAUCGAGGCUGCUAAGGAGAGCGCAAGGAGCCGGCGCGUCGUUGAGUUAUCUUAAGGUAAUAUUUUAGCAAACCUUGGAAGACACGUGUAGAAGACGGAAUUUUUAGCAUAUUCUUCUAGUUAUACACAUAUCUCCAGAGAAUACAAUACAAGUGCUGGCAAUUUCUGCUGUCCGAUUGAACAUUCGCUUCGACUCACCG